GUUAAUUGGUUUCUUAUUUUAAUUUUCAGGUUAUUUCUCACUUUCCUCAUUUUAUUAUUCUUUUACUUUCUUUUCCUCCUUGUUAUUCAUGAACAUGGUUUGCCUUGGACCACGGAAAAAAGAGAAGAAGGCAGCAUUUCUUAGUCCGGAGGAAACACCUGUCUCCAGAACAUUAACCGAUCCUUUGCGGAACUCCAAACGAGGUUCAAAACUGAAAUCGGCCAAAACAUCGCCUACGCCUACUGCUGGAACGAUAGCAUCGAGAAGAACGACUCCUUCGCCACGUUCCUCCUUCGAAACCGCCAGUUUAUCUAAACAAGGGAAAACAACCCCUCGGAAUUCCUUCGCUAAUCGGGCUAAUAGCCCUGUCAGCCGACCCACUUCCCCUCACCCUUCUAGACCAACCAGUAUUGCUGCGUCAGUUCGCAGCACCACCAAGCUCACUACCCAUUCUCGGAAUGCCAGCGCAGCAUCGACCAGAAAGUCCCCCAUUGCGCAGAUGAGGGAGGAAUUUGAUGAACUUAAAAUCAAGAACGACGAAAACCUACAGUUAAUAGCUCAACAGAAGGCGGAGCUAGAACAGUUGAAACUGCAACUUGCCCAGCAACCGACGGUGGUUGAAGCAGGACCUACGCCACCGAUUUCCCAAUCAACGACCUAUACAGACUUCAGCGAUCUUCAGGAAGAGAAAGAACACCUGCUUCAAGAAAAAGAAGAGAAAUUAAGAGAGCAGGAAAAGGAGUUGGAAAAUCUAAGGAAACGAUUAGAAAAUGUACCGAGUAUCACAGUUCAAACGGACGAAGAAGGUAGACGUCAAUCUCUUGAAGAAAAAGAACGCAUGUUGUUAGAAAAAGAGCGCGAAUUGGAAGAACAAAGAAAAGAACUUGAAACAGUCAAAGGAAAAGGACCUGCAUUGGAAGAAGUGGCGGCUCAGCUGGAGCAACUCAAAUCUCAGAAUGAAGAAGCGAUGAAUCAAUUGGCUUCGAAAGAGAACGAACUGGAGGUGUUACGCUCCAAGAUACAGAGCGGCGCUGAAGGGCCCGACAUUGAUGGUAGCUUAUCUCUACAGAAAAUCAAUGAUCUGAAUCAGCAACUGGAGGCACAGAAAAAGGCUACCGAGGAGAUGCUACGUCGGCAUGAAGAAGCUUUGGCAGAGAAGGAUCGACUACUGAAAGAACAGCAAGAUGCGCUAGAACAGCUGCAGGAUACGCAUACAGAGGAGAUGCGCAAACUUAAAACGUCUCAGACAAGCAGUAUAUUGACGUUGAAGCAGAGGCACAAACGGGACAUGGAUGAGCUUCAGCAACGCUUGAGCGAGACUGAGAAAAAGAUGCAGAACGAACCUGGCGUACGAUUGGAUGAUGAAAUUGAACGUAUUUUGCAUGAAUUCGAGCAAGCCGAGCAUGAUCACACUGUACAAAUUGAAAACCUUCAGCAGUCGCAUGAGAACGAACUGUCUGAUCUGCAAGAAAACCACGUGGCGCAAAUUUCCCAACUGAAAAAAGCCCAGGACCAAAAACGCCAAGGAUGGACAUCGCGCUAUUUGCCUACAGAAGCUGUGUCAUGGCCUGCCCCUCAGCCGUUAUCCCGUCUUCGCAAAACACAAACUGCAACCCAGCCAAAGAAAGCUUUGAAAAUGACGGACGAAUAUGCACCGAUUCUUAUUCCUCUUGAUAACAAGAAAGUGCAAGUUUACUUUUCCAGCGUCAGUGGCAACCCUGUUACCAAAAAGAAUCAGGAACAUAUCAAGCAACUGCUGAACUCGCGUCAGAUCAAUUACGACAUGAUUGAUGUGGCUGCCAGUGAAGCGGCGUUGCAAUACAUGAGAAAAUGCAAUGGCUCGGAGGACGGAAUCAAAGAAGUACCGCAGAUCUUCGUCGGCGGUGAAUACAGAGGCCAAUAUGAGGACUUUGUUCGCCACGUGGAUGAUGAAAAGUUGAUUGACUUUCUUCGGCCCGCCGCUGAGCGAGUGUUAACAGAGGAAGAGAAGGCAGCCAUCGAAAAGAGUAAAGCUGCCAUGUCCGAUGAAAUGGCACCUGUGCGAGUAUUGCCAGCUGGACCGGUUGUCUUGCCAACAUUACGAAAAACGAGCCCAGGCCCUGUUAAACCACUUCGAGACGAUGAUGAUGAAGCUUUGCUUCAGGCCCUUGAAGAAGAAUUGAGUCAAGGCAAGGUGAACGAUACUGAUUUAGCGUCUCUCUAAAUGCGAUCAUCAUUUUGAAAAUUCUGUUAUUUCUUUUAAAUAACUGUCCUCCUCUUUUACGAGAUAUCCCUCCAUUUCCACCCAUACCAUUAUAAACUGUACCAUUCAUGCUAAACCAUAUACUUCAAUAAAUAACUCUACAAAUGUCACAAAAUAUAUAAAUAUCAAG